AUGGAAGUUUGCAAGGAAGAUCAGGAGGCCUGGGAGGCAACCCAGGCCCAAGCCCUGCUUACUGGGCCCUACAAGAGGUUUUCUCUUCAAGGAGCACCCCGGGAAAGGGAAAGAGAGCACAGUGUAGGUCGUGAUGGCAGGAAAGUAGUGAGCAAUGAAAUUCUUUUCAGAGACAAGUGUGAUGGAAGAGGGGUGCGUGCUGCCCAGCUUCACCUCCUUCUUCCACACUCAGUCCUCAAGUCCUAUCGUCCACCUCUGGGGAGAGCGUCUGGUGAGGCUGCCCAUCCUGCAGCAUAUGAAAGUGUCCAAUGUACGUUUCCUACAGGGACUGUAGUUAAAUAUCCAUUUUUUUUCCCCUCUGUAGGGAAGAAGAAAUGCUGGAUUCAUGAUGUGAAGAAUGCUUAUGUUGAGGCUGAGAUUAAAGGGGGUGGAGAUGAUGACAGAAUAAUUGUUGAGACAACAGAUGGAAAGAGUCUGAGUGUCAAGGAGGACGAAAUCCAGCAGAUGAAUCCCCCAGAGUUUGAAAUGAUUGAAGACAUGGCAAUGCUGACUCACCUCAAUGAAGCAUCUGUGCUGCAUGCCCUGAAGAGGCGCUAUAACCAUUGGAUGAUCUAUAUAUAUUCGGGUCUCUGCUGUGUGAGCCUCAAAAGUGGCUUCCAGUAACACAGAGCAGUGGCAGCCAUCUACAAAGGGAAGAGGCGAUCAGAGGCUCCCCCUCACAUCUUCGCUGUGGCCAAUAAUGCCUUUCAAGAUAUGCUUCACAAUCGAAAGAAUCAGUCUGUACUCUUCACCAACCAGAAUGGGGCAGGCCAAGUUAGCUGUGUCAUUGAACUGUGUCAUAUUAUCCAGUACUUUGCCACCAUAGCAACCACGGGUGAAUCCGAAGAAAAGCCAGGGACUCUACAAAAUCAAAUCAAAUGAGUGAAUCCUGUCUUGGAAGCAUUUGGAAAUGCCAAAACCCUGAGAAAUGACAACUCCUCUCGCUUUGGCCAGUUCAUCGGGAUGCACUUUUGUGCCAGAGGCAAGCUGUCAUCUGCAGACAUCGACAUCUAUUUGCUUGAAAAAUCCCGGGUUGUUUUCCAGCAGCCUGGAGAGAGGAACUACCAUAUAUUCUAUCAAAUUCUGUCUGGGAAAAAAGAACUUCAUGAUAUGCUCCUUGUGUCUGAAAAUCCCUCUGACUUUCACUUUUGCUCUCAUGGAGCAGUUGCUCUGGAGAGCUCAGAUGAUGCUGAAGAAUUGCUGGCCACAGAUCAAGCCAUGGACAUUUUGGGCUUUCUUCCUGAUGAGAAGUACGGAUCCUACAAACUCACUGGAGCCAUCCUGCACUUCAGAAACAUGAAAUUUAAACAGAAGCCCAGAGAAGAGCAAGUGGAAGCAGAUGGCACAGAAAAUGCUGACAAAGCUGCUUUCCUCAUGGGCGUUAACUCCUCUGAGCUGGUGAAGGGCUUGAUCCAUCCUAGAAUCAAAAUUGGUAAUGAAUAUGUUACUAGAGGCCAAAUUAGAUGUAUUUCUGAUGUAUUUGUGGGGAGGAAGGUGAUCUCCAUGUCUUACUUGUUCGCCAUCUUGAAGCUAAUCUUCAUUGGCAUUCUUGACAUCGUUGGUUUUGAGAUGCUUAAUUAUAACAGCCUUGAAGAAAUUUGCAUUAAUUUUACCAUUGAAAAUUUACAACAGUUCUUCAGUCAGCACAUGCUGGUUUUGAAGCAAGAGGAAAAGAGGAGAGAAGGCAUUGACUGGGUGUCCAUUGAGUUUGUCCUGGACUUGCAAGCCUGCAAAGAUCUCAUUGAGAAGCCAAUGGGCAUCUUUUCCAUCCUUGAAGAGGAAUGUAUGUUUCAUCAGGCUGCAGAUGUGACUUUCAAGACCAAACUUUCUGACAACCAUUUUGGAAAGCCAGUUCAUUUCCAGAAGCCCAAGCCUGACAAUAAGAAGAAAGAUGAAGCUCACUUUGACCUUGUCCAUUGUGCAGGAGUGGUGCCUUAUAACAUCAGUGGCUGGCUUGAAAAGAACAAAGCCUUUCUUAAUGAAACAGUGGUGGCUAUAUUUUAGAAGUCGUCCAACAGACUCCGGGCAAAACUCUUUGAAAAUUACAUCAGUACCAACACUGCUCUACAGUUUGGGGAGAAGAAAGGCAAGAAAGGAGCUUCAUUCCAAAUGGUUGCAUCUCUGCAUAAAGAAAACCUAAAUAAGUUGAUGACUAACCUGAAAUCAACAGCACCUCAUUUGAGAUGCAUAAAUCCCAAUGUGAACAAAAUGUCAGAUGUAAUGGAUGCUUAUUUGGUUCUACAGCAGCUGCGCUGUAAUGGUGUCUUGGAAGGGAUCAGGAUAUGCAGUGAAGGUUUUCCAAAGCGACCCGCUUAUGCUGAUUUUAAACAAAGGUACUACAUUCUGAACCAAAGGGCCUUUCCAAAGAGCAAGUUUGUGAGCAGCAGAAAAGCAGCUGAAGAAUUACUUGGCUCCUUGGAGAUAGACCAUACACAGUACCACUUUGGAAUCACUAAGGUGUUUUUAAAAGCCGGCUUUCUGGGCCAACUGAAAGCAAUGAGAGAUGAGAGACCAUCUAAAGUCUUUACAUUGUUCCAAGCCAGGGUACGGGGAAAAUUGAUGCAAAUCAAAUUCCAGAGGAUUCUGGGAGAGAGGGAUGCACUUCUUUUGAUCCAGUGGAACGUAAGAGCUUUCAUGGCUGUGAAGGGCUGGCCGUGGAUGAGGCUCUUCUUCAAGAUCAAGCCUUUUGUUAGAUCUGCUGGAAUGGGAAAGGAGGUAGCUGGACUGAAGGAAGAGUGUGUGCAGCUGCAAAAAGCGUUGGCGAAAUCAGAAUCUCCGAGGGAGGAGCUGAAAGCCAAGCAAAUCUCCCUACACCAGGAAAAGAAUGACUUGCUUCUUCAGCUGCAGGCUGUGCAAGAGACCCUGGCAAAUGCUGAAGAGCAGCGCGAGUCGCUGAUUAAAUCCAAGAUCCAGCUGGAGGCCAGCGUCCAGGCGCUGCCUGCGUUGGAGUGGGGGGAGGAAGAAGAGGAGGUAAAUUCCCAGCUGACUGCCGGAGGGCGGAGACUCGAAGAUGAAUGUUCCGCGUCGAAGAAGAAAGAAAUCGAUGACCUGGAGACACUAUUGGCAAAGUCACAGAAGGAGAAGCGUGCUUCAGAGUACAAGGUUAAGAAUCUGACUGAGGAGGUGGAGUCUCUCAGUGAGGACGUCAGCAAACUUCAGCGAGCAGCCAGGGCGCGGGAGGCCUGCCAGCGGACCCUGGAGGACCUGCACGCGGAAGAGGAGAAAACCCUCACCCUGAGCAAAACCAAGCUGACACUAGAGCAGCCAGCGAACGAGCUUGAGGGUGCCCUUGAACAGGAGAGCAAAGCGAGAAUGAACUGGGAAAAGGAAAGGUGCAAACUGGAGGGCGAGGUAAAGCUGAACCGGGAAAGCAUGGAGGACCUGGAGAGCAGGCAGCUGCAGCUAGCAGGAAAGCUGAGGAGGAAAGAAUUAGAAAUGAAUCAGAUGAGCUCAAAGGUGGAGAAUGAGAAAGGCCUGGUGGCUCAGCUUCAGAAGAUGGUUAAAGAGCUCCAGGCUCAGAUACAGGUUUUGAAAGACGAACUGGAAGCUUAAAGGACCACUCGAGCCAAGGUAGAAAGGGAGAGAACUGACCACCAAGAGCUGGAAGACCUGAAUGAGGGGCUGGAGGAGACAGCAGGGGCCAGUUUGGCUCAACUGGAAAUAACUAAGAAACAAGAAACAAAAUUCCAGAAGCUCCGCUGAGACAUGGAAGAGUCCACACUGCACUUUGAGGCAACCUCUGCCUCUUUGAAGAAGAGGCACGGAGACAGCCUGGCUGAGCUGGAGAGCCAGGUAGAAAAUCUACAACAGGUCUAGCAGACACUGGAAAAAGACAAGAGUGACCUGCAGCUCAAAGUGAAUGAUGUCCUGACCCAUGUUGAGCAGAUGACCAGAGCUAAGGGUAAUGCUGAGAAGCUCUGUAGUCUGUGAGAGCACUUGAAUGAAGAAAAUGCAGAACCAGAUGAAGUGACUCAGUUGGCAAAUGAUCUGACAGCACAGAAAACAACACUACAGAGUGAAAAUGGUGAGUUCCUAAAAAGGCUAGAAGAAAAGGAAGCUCUGAUAAACCAACUUUCCAGGGAAAAUAUUACCUUCACUCUGCAGAUUCAAGACCUGAAAUGGCAAUUGGCAGAAGAGACCAAAUCACAGAGUGCCCUGGCCCAGGCCGUGAAGUCGGCCAAGCGUGACUGUGACCUGCUAUGAGAGCAGUACCAGGAAGAGCAAGAGGCCAAGGCUGAGCUGCUCUGGGCCCUGUUCAAAGACAAUGCUGAAAUUGUUAAGUGGAGAACCAAGUAUGAAGACGACACCAUCCAGAGCACUGAGGACUUGGAGGAUGCCAAGAAGAAGCUGGCAAUUCGGUCGCAGGAGGCUGCCGAAGCCAUGGGGGUGGCCCAUGCCAGAAGGGCCUCCCUGGAGAGGGCCAGGCCCCGACCGCAGCUCGAGCUCGGGGACACCCUGUUGCAUCAUGGGAAGGCGCACCGCGUGGCUGCUGCGCUGGACCGGCGGCAGCAGCACUUCAACCAGUGCUUGGACGGCUGGAGGCGGGAGCACGAGUAGCCUCAGGCGAUGCCAGACGCCCCGCAGGAGGCCCGGGCCCUCAGCGCCCGGCUCCUCGAGCUCAGGCACACCUACGAGGAGAGCGCCGCGAGCCAGCGGACCCUCCGGAGGGCGAACAAGAACCUGAAGGAAGAGAUUUCUAAUCUGAAAAAUCAGAUGAAAGUAGGAAAGAAGAACUUAAGUGAAAUGGAAAAGGUCAAGAUAAUUGAACAAGAAAAGACUGAAGUCCAAAUGGCAUCGGAAGAGGCCGAGGAAGCUCUGGAACGCAAUGAAAGCAAGAUUCUUCGUCUGCAGCUUGAACUCUCAGAAACUAAAGCGGAAAUUGAAAGAAAGCUUUCAGAGAAAGAUGAAGAGAUAGAAAAAUGUAGGAGGAAGCAGCAGUGUGCUAUUGACUCCCUGCGGUCGAGUCUGGAUUCUGAAGUUCGGAGCAGAAUUGAGGCCACUGGGCUGAAGAGGAGCAUGGAAGGGGACCUCACUGAGAUGGAACUCCAGCUCAGCCGUGUCAACCGCCAGGUGUCAGAGGCAACCAAAUCCCUGGGCCAGCUUCAGAUCCAGAUCAAGGACCUUCGGGCGCAGCUGGAGGACAGCACACGCCUGAACAGUGAGCUGAAGCAGCAGUUGGCGGUGGCCAAGCUGCGCAACGCUCUUCUCCAGGCUGAACUCGAGGAGCUGAGGGCCUCGCAUGAGCAGACAGAAUGCGGGCGCAGGCUGGCAGAGGAAGAGCUCCUGAAAGCCACAAAAAAAAUCAAUCUUUUCUACACCCAGAACACGAGUCUCCUCAGCCAGAAGAAGAAACUGGAGGUUGAUGUUGCCAGGAUGCAGAAGGAAGCUGAAGAGGCGAUGCGAGGGUGUCAAAGUGCAGAAGAGAAGGCCAAGAAGCCACCUACAGAGGUAGCAAACACGUCAGAAGAACUGAAGAAGGAGCAAGACACCAAUGCCCGCUUGGAGAGGAUGAGAGAGAACAUGGAGCGGAGAGACUUACAGGAAAGGCUGGAUGACGCUGAGCAGACUGUCGUGAUAGGGAAUAGAAAGCAAAGCCAGAAACUCGAAUCCAGGGUCUGUGAACUGGAUGGUGAACUGGAAAGCGAAGUCCGACGCAUCGCGGAGGCCCAGUGGGGAGCCCGCAGGUUUGAGCGAUGCAUCAAAGAGCUGACCCACCAGGCUGACAAGGAUAAAACACGAGGAAGCAAAAUGCUGCUUCAACUUUCAAAUAUACAAUACAGCAUUGUUAACUAUAAACAAAAAUAUGAGUAGUAGGCUCAGGGAUUCCUUUUUUUUUUUCAUUUUUUAUUUUUACAGGAAGCAGAAGCUAGUCCAUAACUUUCCAAGUAUAAGAAGCAGCAACAUGAGUAGAAUGAAGCUAAGUAAAGGGCAGAGAUAGCCGAAUCUCAAGUUAAUAAGCUCAAGAUUAAAGCAAAAGAGUUUGGGGAAAAGGCUUUUAAAAAACUACAUCAAUAA